CAAGCAGGCACAAAAGAAAAGACUCUCUGUUGCUGGUUCUGUACCUCAGGCCCAAUAUCCUUAAGUGCCAAAAUCGAAAGGAAGGGCUAUACCCCAGGUGAAUCAAUUCAGAUAUUUGCUGAGAUUGAGAACUGCUCUUCCCGAAUGGUAGUGCCAAAGGCAGCCAUUUACCAAACACAGGCCUUCUAUGCCAAAGGGAAAAUGAAGGAAGUAAAACAGCUUGUGGCUAACUUGCGUGGGGAAUCCUUAUCAUCUGGAAAGACAGAUACAUGGAAUGGAAAGUUGUUGAAAAUUCCACCAGUUUCUCCCUCUAUCCUCGACUGUAGCAUAAUUCGUGUGGAAUAUUCACUAAUGGUAUACGUGGAUAUUCCUGGCGCUAUGGACUUAUUUCUUAAUUUGCCACUUGUCAUUGGUACCAUUCCUCUACAUCCAUCUGGUAGCAGAACCUCAAGUGUAAGCAGUCAGUGUAGCAUGAAUAUGAACUGGCUUGGUUUAUCCCUGCGGGAAAGACCUGAAGCACCACCCAGCUAUGCAGAAGUGGUAACAGAGGAACAAAGGCGGAACAAUCUUGCACCAGUGAGUGCCUGUGACGACUUUGAGAGAGCGCUUCAAAGACCACUGUUUGGAUAUAUCCAGGAGUUUCGGUUCUUGCCUCCACCUCUAUUCAGAGGUAAGCACCAGAUCCUCAAGUCUGAAAUGGGCUGACUCUCCCUUUUUCUU